AUGAUUAGCAUUCUCGCCCAGGAACGGUUAUUGGGAGCUUCCCUGGGUGUAAUAUUGACGAGUGUGGUUGUAUUUGAGCAACGCAGAUACAUCUUCGCUUCUAUAUCCGAUUCCACAUCUCACUCUCAGGUUAGAGAACCCAUAUUUGGGAAGAAAUCACGUUCUGAAUUUGCACAUUCAUGGAACAAAACUGUGGAUCAGACAUUUGGACCCUUGAUCAAGUCUCUCAGCUCCCGCGGAUGGUAG